AUGUACGUGAGCUACCUCCUGGAGAAGGACGGGCCCAUGUACCCCGGCCCGGUGCGACACUCGGGGGGGCUCAACCUGGCGGCGCAGAACUUCGUGGGAGCCCCACAGUACGCGGACUACGGCGGCUACCAUGUGAACCUCGACAGCGCCCAGUCACCCGGCCCGGCCUGGCCCGCACCCUAUGCCGCCCCGCUCCGCGACGACUGGGGCGCCUACGGCCAAGGGGCUCCUCCGGCAGCCGCCGCCGUCCAUGGCCUCAACGGCGGCUCCCCCGCUGCCGCCAUGGCCUACAACCCCGCCGACUACCACCACCACCACCCGCACGCCCACCACCACGCCGGCCCCGCGCCCCACUGCUCUGCCGGGGUCAUGCAGCCCCUCAACGCCGCCAACAACGCUGCCGCUGCUGCCGCUCCCGAGCCUCUGUCACCCGGCGGGCAGCGCCGGGGCCUCUGCGAGUGGAUGAGGAAGCCGGCGCAGCCCCCGCUCAGCAGCCAGGUUAAAACCAGGACGAAAGACAAGUACCGCGUCGUGUACACCGACCACCAGCGGCUGGAGCUGGAGAAGGAGUUUCACUACAGCCGCUACAUCACCAUCAGGAGGAAAGCAGAGCUGGCCUCCAACCUGGGGCUGUCCGAGAGGCAGGUGAAAAUCUGGUUCCAGAACAGGCGGGCGAAGGAGAGGAAGAUCAACAAGAAGAAGCUGCAGCAGGCGCAGCCCGGAGGAGCGGAGCCCCUCAGCCCCGGCGCCCCUCUGCAGGGUCCCUCAGCGGGAACGGCAGCCGCCGGUCUGGGCCCCGCCGCCCCGCAGUGA